AGGGGCUGGAUCACUGGGGGGAAGUAAGGAGGCUAUGAAGGGCAUGAGGGAGGUACAUACAGGUGCCCCACACCCCAAGUUCAGGUGUGCGCACGACCCCCACCCACCCGUGGUGGUAACACAACCGCACAUGCUCAAGGAUCAGCCCUUCUUUGAUCCACUUAAGCACCUGCUGUGCCAGGUUCUGGGCACUCCACGGUGAAUGUGUCAAACUAGCUCCCUGGCCUCCUGGAGAUUACAGCGUAGUGAAGGAGGCGGUCUCAGAAAAUGGGAUCUACGAGCAGGAGGGGACAGGGCUGCCACAGGGAAAGAGGCGCCCGCUCUGAGGGCUCCGGGAAGAGGGGAGGUUUACGCUCCGCCCCGUGGAAUGCCUAGGAAUUCGCUAAGCAAAGGCGGAAGGAAGCAAGACAGCAAAGUUGCGCUAUAAACUACCACACUCCACAGACAUGCCUGGUAGCCAUGGGCGUGCAUUUACUCAUCGCCCACUACUGUAUGUCAGGAACCGUGCCAACUAUUAGAAAUAUUGGGACCAGCAAGACAGAAACAGUCCUUGCCCUCAUGGAGUAGAGUCUGGCUGGGGAGAGAAGCAAGAGCAAGUAAACAGGCGAAAUCGUUACUAAUCGUGGCUGUUGCUGUGGAAGAAAUGGGGCUCUGAGACGGAACGAUGGGGUGGGAGGCUCUUAGAGAGAGUCUGACAGGUCGGCUGUGACCUGAAGGAAGAGGAGCAGGGACUUACUGCAGCAGGGAGGAGGCGGGGCACAGGACAGCAGGAGAAGGAUAAGUUUGGCAAGUUCAAGGGACAGAAGAGGCCCCUGGGGCUGGACCAGGGUGAAGGAUGAGGAGGGUGGUGUGGGAUAAGUCUGGGGGAUGGGCGAGUCCCCGCCCCACUCUGAGCCUGUUUCCUCAAGUGUAAAAUGGGAUAGUAGAGUCACUGAGAUUCUUCAAGGAGACGCUGUGUGCAGAAGGCCUGGCCUGCUCAAGUUCACAUCCUCCCGGCUACCUGUAACAGAACUAAUGAUGCCAUGCCUGAGUGUACCAUUGGGCAUGGAUGUGCACCCCCAGAUGCCACCCUAGGGCAUAGCAAAGGCAUCAUCACAGACCUGAUCAGCAACACCAUGCUGUCGUGCCAGGAGAGCUGGGCCUUCCUCACCGACGGCUUCCCUUGGAAGCUGAAGCAGGCCAAGGAGUUGGAGCGCAUUAUCUUGGCAGAAGCAGCUCCAGAAGACAUUGUGCCCAGUGCUGCUCUGUCACUGAAAGGCUGCAGUGACGGGACGGGGGCUCUGGCCCUCCCCUCAUCCCAGAGGCCACACAGGGCUCAGAAGGGGUGCAGGGCCUGUGAGGUUAAGAGACCUGGUGACAGGAGGCCAGGCUUUAACCCAAGCUGACUCCCCAGGAGACCCCAGACUGACAGCCCCUUUCUGGGCCAAGGCAGCACAAGGGUGGGCUGAUUGGGGGCCACCACCCACAGGGGUAGGUUCCUAACAAAUCUGGAUGAGGCCUUGGGGGGGCUGCGAGCUGUUGAGGGCUCCAGUGGUGCUGCCCUCGGGGCCUGUGGGCCCAGGCCUCUGGAUCCUGAAUGGGAAACCGGAUCUGUGUUAGCAUCCAACUAGACACCCAAAAGGAACCCUACAGCCCUCUAGUAUGUCUCAAGAUGGUUACCCCUGGGCCAGACAGCUCAGAUGGCCCCUCAGCUCACUCUCCCAUCUCCCGUCCUCAUCCUUGGGAGGCCACGGCCGCACACCAAGCACUGGAACUUGUGCCAUUUCCCUUCACAGGCCAGGUUUCCGCCUGGGGGGACGCCGACAGACUAGGACCCAG